AUGUUGAUGAAUUUUAGGGUACUAUGCAAGUUCUUUGCUCAUGGGGCAUGUUUGAAAGGGGAGCAUUGUGAAUUUUCACAUGACUGGAAAGAUCCUCCAAAUAACAUUUGUACCUUUUAUCAAAAAGGAGUCUGCUCUUACGGUAGUCGAUGCCGAUAUGAUCAUGUUAAACCUUCUAGGCCUGAAUCUACUCCAUCAUCGUCGUUGACAGUUUCUCACCAGCCUCUGGGCUCAAAUUCUGUUUCUCUGUCUCUUCCUGCUAGAACUGUAUUGAGUGGGGUGACAACAGUACCGGGGUUUCCUCCUGAGCUUUCUGCUUCAAGUGCACCCUUUAUUGCUCCUGCUACUCCGGCAUGGAAUUUGGAGUCUGUCCAACAUGAUUUGUUAGAAGAUGGUGAGGUUAUGGAGCCUAGGAAUGCUAAACCAGCAGACCGCCCUCUCUGUUCAUUUGCUGCUGCUGGUAACUGUCCUCGUGGAGAUAAAUGUCCUCAUAUUCACGGCGACAUAUGUGCCUAUUGUGGAAAGCAUUGUUUGCAUCCUUUCAGACCUGAUGAAAGAGAUGAGCAUUUGAAAGCAUGUGAGAAGAAGCAAAAGAACCUUGACUUAUUAAAAUACAGUCAAGAAAUAGAGUGCAGUGUAUGCUUGGAUCGUGUGCUCUCAAAGCCAACGGCAGCUGAGCGAAAGUUUGGGCUGCUAUCAGAAUGCGAUCAUCCAUUCUGCAUAUCCUGUAUCAGGAAUUGGCGUAGUAGUUCCCCAACCUCUGGCAUGGAUGUUAAUUCUGCAUUGAGGGCUUGUCCAAUAUGUCGUAAGCUUUCAUAUUUUGUAAUUCCAAGCGUCAUUUGGUAUUCCUCUAAAGAGGAAAAACAGGAAAUUGUUGAUACCUACAAGGCAAAACUCAGGUCAAUAGAUUGCAAACACUUUGACUUUGGUAAUGGGAACUGCCCAUUUGGAACCAGCUGCUUUUACAAGCAUGCGUAUCGAGAUGGCCGCUUGGAGGAAGUGGUUUUACGUCAUCUUGGAGCUGAAGAUGGACAGACUCUGAUAGCUAAAAAUAUCAGACUGUCUGAUUUCCUUGGUAGCUUGCAAAUACGGUGA